UGUGGUCGGUAUCCUAACGUUCCGCUUUUCACUCUGUUGCAGAAAAACCCGGGGCUGAGUUAUUAAUAUUGCUGCUCGUAUGAUGAUAAUAUAACUGCCUUAAUUAUUACACAUAUAUAAAACACUUCGAUAGAAAUCUUCAUGUUGUGAAGUGGUCGGUCAUUAGGCCGCGCUGUCUCGAUGGUGAGUUGGAUCAGGUGUUAAUAUAAAAACAUUUUUCCUCCCCAUAACGCCGGGAUGAGCUUUUUCGGUUUUGGUCAAAGUGCUGAAAUCGACAUAGUUUUGAAUGACUCCGAAACGCGGAAAAAGGUGGAACACAAGACAGAAGAUGGGAAAAAGGACAAAUAUUUCUUAUUCUACGACGGUGAGACGGUUUCUGGCAAAGUCAACAUCACGCUUAAAAACCCAGGGAAAAGACUUGAGCAUCAGGGCAUUAAGAUUGAGUUCAUCGGGCAGAUUGAGUUGUACUAUGAUAGAGGGAACCAUCAUGAGUUUGUCUCCCUGGUGAAGGACCUGGCUCGGCCAGGUGAAAUGAGCCAGUCUCAGACUUUUGACUUUGAGUUCACGCAUGUGGAGAAACCAUACGAGUCUUACACGGGCCAGAAUGUCAAACUCCGCUAUUUUCUGCGAGCAACUGUCAGCAGAAGGCUAAAUGACAUCAGCAAAGAGAUGGACAUUGUUGUGCACACACUCAGCACAUAUCCAGAGCUGAACUCCUCUAUUAAGAUGGAAGUUGGGAUUGAGGACUGCCUACACAUUGAGUUUGAGUAUAACAAAUCCAAGUACCAUCUCAAGGAUGUGAUAGUUGGAAAAAUCUAUUUCCUUUUGGUGCGGAUUAAAAUCAAGCAUAUGGAGAUAGACAUCAUUAAGAGGGAGACGACAGGAACUGGACCCAAUGUUUACCAUGAAAAUGACACCAUUGCAAAGUAUGAAAUCAUGGAUGGAGCACCUGUUAGAGGUGAAUCAAUCCCAAUCCGACUCUUCCUGGCUGGCUAUGAAAUGUCUCCCACAAUGAGAGACAUCAACAAAAAGUUCUCUGUUCGCUAUUACCUCAAUCUGGUGCUCAUUGAUGAAGAGGAGAGACGUUACUUCAAACAACAGGAGAUCACGUUAUGGAGAAAGGGGGAUAUUGUGAGGAAGAGCAUGUCCCAUCAAGCUGCCAUUGCCUCACAGCGCUUUGAGGGCUCUGCUUGUGUAGAGAAGGCCAUUGAACAGGCCAAGGACGACGACGACUAACCUGCAAAAGAAGUCUCAUGUCCGAGUGUAAAAUUGUAGGGUGUGUGUGUGUGCUUUUGAACACACUUGUUUUGAAUGUAUACAUAUGGGGGUGCAGCUAUGGCAUGAUGGUCUUUUCCAUUCCUAAACAUUACAUUCAGUGAUUGACAAAGCUUGAAAAUAGCAUUUUAAGAAGUGAGCUAAAUGGUUAGUUUUAUUCAGUUUUGGAGUCUCAUUUGCCAGUAUAUUAUUGAUUCAGCUUUUUUGGUAUCAUUCAUUUGAAUUUGAUUACACUUCACUUGAUCCUUCAUUCCAGUCUUUCAUUUUACUUUUUUGUUUUUAUAUUUUGUUUUUACACAUCAUGAUACCUACUAUUUAGCAACUGUUCCAGAUAAAAUACCUUUUAACAUUUAAUUUUCAUAAGAUUUUCAUACAGUUAGGUCUUCAUGUCAGUCAGUCAAGUGCUUACCUGUUUGCUGUUCUAUUCAAUUUCCUGUCACAACACUUUCAGUCUGGAAUUGAAUUUUAAGGAGGAGUUAAUGUAGCCACGAGUAGGACCAAACAGAAUUUAAUAGUGACUUUUAUAACACGAGUGUUGAUACACAGAGGCUGCAAGUUCAGUGUUGAGAUUCAUCCAAGAUGCUCCUGAUAUGCUGAGGAUGUUCUUAUUAGAGCCAGUUUUGUAGACGUGCCUCGUCAUUAUUCAGUGUUUCAUAUCGUGCUGUCAGUUUGAUGCCAGAAUUUGUGAGGUUUUAACGGAAUCAUGUCUUGAUUUUUGUGCCUAAUUUUUUAUUAUACUGAUUUUUUUUUUCACUUUUCUCCAGUACUGGAAAUAAGAGCUCUCUUUCUUUAACAAACUCGUAACUGUUGACUAACUCUUCCAGAUGUAUUUGACUAUAACAAGUAUAACUUAAUGAGCUGUUUAAAAAAAGGUUAAAGUGUUAGUGUGCACAAUAGAUUAGCAUUUCCAUUUGAAGACAGUUACAAAAUAGUUUGGACUUGUUUCCAGUGUAGUACUGUAACUGUUAAAAAUUUCAUCCUUUAUAAUCAUUCCUUAAUGUGACACUUUGCAAGCAUUUUGAAACAGCAGGGAUAAUUUGUAUGUCCUAGGUGUGACAGUCAAGACAGUCUGGUGUUUCUCUUAUUUUCUGGAAAAGGGGAUCUUCAUGUUGAGUGUUAGAUAAUUUAAAAGACUAAUUGGCGGUGUCUGAGUGUGUGGUGUUUAAAAGUUUGAGUGCUGUUGCCUUAUAGGAAGUGUCAUUGGUAUAAGAUUUAUUGGUUUUUUUAAAAAAAAAAAGUCCCAGUGAUUUUUUUUUUUUUGCAAAAGUGUUUCAACUGAAGUUCCCAAAAUGCCAUCAAAAGCAAUGCUUACUUAAAGGAGAUACGCAGAACCCUUAUUUUUAAAUACGUUUCUGAGUGGAUAGUAUCUCCAUCCUUGACUCUUGUAUGCUGCAUAAAUGGAAAUUAAAAAUAUAUUUUUGAGAGUUAAAAUCGACCGCAAAGUUGGCAUUUGAGCUGCCCUGCUCAGCCAGCCCUGCGUGGGUGACGUCACAGCAGGAACUGGAUUUAAGGCCGAGGCCUUUGACAGCUAUAGACCAAAGUCAUAUAAAUUUAUGGUGAAGGUAAGAAAUAUCGUUACCAACUUACUCAACUAAGACUGAUUUGACUUCAUUGAUUGUGGGUUGACUCUCAUUAAAACAGGAUAGGCGUUAUAACUUAUGCAAUGUACAUACAGUGGUGCUUGAAAGUUUGUGAACCCUUUAGAAUUUUCUAUAUUUCUGCAUAAA